CACUGUCUCAGUUGUCGGUGAGGCCGGCUGGGCGGAACCUCACUUUUGAAAGAGAAAAUAAAGCAACACAAUAAAAAAUAAAAAAUAAUAUAUAUUUUUUAAACAACCUUGGCUAUUGCAUUUCUCUCGUGAAUAAGCUUCCCCCAGUGGAUACAUAGAGCAUAAAGAUGCCCUCAGCAAUGAAUGGUAACAGGACAGUGCAGUCGGCCAGCCCAGAUGUGGGAUCUGCUCCUGGACAGAUCACCUUGGGCGGAGGGCAGUCCUCUGGGGCCCAGACCGAGGCAAUGAAGCAAGUCCUGGGAGUCGUCGACAAGAAAGUCCGGAACAUGGAGAAGAAAAAGGGCAAGCUGGACGAUUAUCAAUCUAAGAAGAAUAAAGGGGAACGUCUCAACCAGGACCAACUGGAUGCCCUGACCAAGUACCAGGAAGUGACUAAUAACCUGGAGUUUGCCAGGGAGUUACAGAAGAGCUUCCUGUCACUGGGACAAGAUAUCCAGAAGGCGGUAAAGAAGGCAGCGCGAAGGGAGCAGCUCCAGAGAGAAGAGUCUGAGCAGAAGAGGCUGAAGACUGUCCUAGAGCUCCAGUUUCUCCUGGACAGGCUUGGAGAGGACAGUGUGAGGCAGGAGCUGAGACAAGGGGCUGCCAGUGUUGACACACCCUCACUCCUCACCGACACAGAGCUCACUGCCCUGGACGAGCUCUAUAAACUAGUGGGACCAGAACCAGACCAAAACACCAGAUUUACUGACCAGUACGAGGAGGCUUCUCAACACCUCAUGGAUCUGUUGGAGGGGAAGGACAAAGCUGUGGCAGGAACUACAUACAAAGCUCUGAAGGACAGCCUGAACCGAGUGCUGCUAAGUGGGUACUUUGACCAAGCCCAGUCUCACCAGAAUGGAGUGUGUGAGGAGACUGAGGAGCAGGCCGUCGCUCUAGUGGAGGAGACCGAGGAGCAGGCCGUCGCUGUAGUGGAGGAGACCGAGGAGCAGGCCGUCGACCCAGAGGGCGAAAUAGUUGAAGAGUACAUAGAGCCCAUUGAGGUGGAAGCUACAGAGUUCGUUAACAGACAAUUCAUUCUAGACACCACAUACAGCGACAAGGAGCAAGGAGAUGAGUGGACCACUGAAACGGAGGUGGUGAGAACCAUCCUGCAACUGCCUGUACAGUCAGCCCCUCCCCCUAUCACCACAGAGGCCCAAUCCCUGAACAGGGCCACGCCCCCAGGCACACCCCCUGCAGACUCGGUGGUCAGGAAGCAGGAGGUCCAGAACCUCUUGUCACAGAUGCAGGGACCUUACAACUUCAUGCAGGACUCAAUGCUGGAGUUUGAUGGGCAGCUCAUCGACCCGGCCAUCGUAUCGGCCCAGCCCAUCGACCCAGCCAUCGUAUCGGCCCAGCCCAUCGACCCAGCCAUCGUAUCGGCCCAGCCCAUCGACCCAGCCAUCGUAUCGGCCCAGCCCAUCGACCCAGCCAUCGUAUCGGCCCAGCUCAUCAACCCAGCCAUCGUAUCGGCCCAGCCCAUCGACCCAGCCAUCGUAUCGGCCCAGCUCAUCGACCUGGCCAUCGUAUCGGCCCAGCCCAUCGACCCAGCCAUCGUAUCGGCCCAGCUCAUCGACCCGGCCAUCGUAUCGGCCCAGCCCAUCGACCCAGCCAUCGUAUCGGCCCAGCUCAUCAACCCAGCCAUCGUAUCGGCCCAGCUCAUCAACCCAGCCAUCGUAUCGGCCCAGCCCAUCGACCCGGCCAUCGUAUCGGCCCAGCCCAUCGACCCGGCCAUCGUAUCGGCCCAGCCCAUGAAGCCUCCAACACAGAACAUAGACCUGCCUCAGAUGGGCUGUCCCCCAGCCCACCCAGAAUCCUGCCUCUCACCACACACUGUUUCUGUACAGCCUGAGCCCACACAAGUCCCCAUGGUGUCCCCCACGCCCGAGGUCUACUCCACGCCGCCUCCCAUGUUCCACUCGUCACACACAGCAGAAUCCCGACCGCAGACCGACUCCAUCGACACCAUCCAGGUUUCCCUGUCGUCAGAGCAGCCCCCUGCCUCCUCCUCUCAGACCCAGGAGGUCUUCCAGUCUGUCAACGGCCCCAAACCCCCACACAGCUCCGGCAUCAAUGUCAACGCAGCACCAUUCCAGUCCAUGCAAACAGUAUUCAACCUCAACGCCCCUGUCCCACCAGCCAAUGAGACGGAAGCCUUGACCCAGGCCAGCCAAUACCAGAACAGUUACAGCCAACAGGGCUUCAGCAGCCAAUCACAGCAGACGGAGAUGCAGACAGAACAGCUGCAGUCUGUGGUUAGUGCCUUCCACUCCCAGGACCUAUCCCUGCCCAGCCAGGACUUGUCCCACGGGCAGCAGCUCAGCCAGCAGGGUACAGGGUUUGGCCCUGGGGCCAGUCACCAGGCCCAGUCCUUCUACAACAGCAGAGGCAUGACCCGCGGAGGGCCACGUAAUGCCAACGGCUACAGAGGGUGUGACAGUUACCGGUCUACCUUCACCAACACUCCUAACUCUGGAUACCAACAGGCCCAGUUCAACACACCUAGGGACUACUCCAACGGGGGCAACUACCAACGGGGGGACGGUUAUAAUCAGGUAGACCGUGAAAUGCUGAAUCAGAACUACAAACGUGGUGCGGGUCAGGGAUCCAGAGGUGUGUCUCGAGGAGGCAAUGCCCAGGCCAUCAGGUCCUGAUCGGGCCUGUUUGACUGACUCCGACUGCUGGUUCCAACUCACUCCUUGUCCUUGGCCCUAAGGGAUCACACACACCGUACUGAAUGUUGAUCUGCUGUUUGUUCAGCGACCACCUGAUCGCUGGUGGACAUGUGACAUUUUCGUGCGACUCUACGUGUAAAAUCUGUUUGCAGUCAGCACUCUGAACAGAGGUGUUAAGUACUCUCAGCUAGAAACUGGUUUGUCUGAGCCUUAAAAACGUCUGGAGACGUAAAACCGGUGUAGUGGUAGACUGACUUAGGUCUCUCUCUUUUGUUGUCCUGAGUGGGACAAGGAUGCAACAAUCGCAUGUGGAGUUUCCACCAUAUUGCGUCUUACAGAUCUGUAAAAAAAAAAAAAUGUAAGGGUCCAAGGUGGUGGGGGGGUGUAUAAGGAGCGAAUUGGGACAGGUUUUGACAGAGCGACAACAUGCCAUACCUCACUUUUUAUUUGUCAUGUGGUGUUCCUCAUUAGAUUGUUAACAAAUAAAACCAAUAAAAAUCCUGACUUUUGGAUUAAAGUCA